AUGGCUAGGCUUGGAGUUUACGGAGGUAAGCAAUAUGUUAACGACGGCAUGGAUGCUGCAAUCAAAGAGCUAAACUUAAGUGAAGCAGUUAUCCCUCACUAUUUUAAAGCAAGCCUCAACAUUGAAACUGUUUCUCUCAAAUAAUAAAAUGGCAUUCGGGUUUAAGAGAAAUUAGCUUUGCAAAAUUUCAUCCCUAAUGGAAUUUUUAUUUAUGGGGCUUGGCUUUACUUAAUCCCUCCAUGUGAGCGAGCAAAAAAAAUUGGAAAAAUCCCUAGUUUUUGUCUAAAAAUACCCCUUCCAUGGGCUAAUAAAAAAAUUUUUUUAUGAAUACAUAUUUUGAUAUAUAAGGGAUUAGUAAUAUAAUAAAGUAUCUAGUUAAUUCUGUUAAAUUUUAAACAGCUUGCAUUAUUUUACAAAUUAAAUCAAUUUUUUGCAGAUGGGUUUUAUUAAAUUUCACAAAAAAUUUACUAAAAAACACUAACCCCAUUCAUGAGCGAACAAAAUUUUUUGUUAGAGAACUUCUAAUCAGCAAUAACGGUUUAACUUCUAGCCACAUAAGGCAAGAGGAGCUGCUCCCCGUGCAUUUGCGAGGCUCAAGGGUUUCGAUUCGCAUAACAGAGAAGGCGACCUUAGGUGGAAAAUGCUCAGAAAGCUGAGUCUGUAAUUGCGAUGGCAAAUGCGCAGGUGAGAUGUGCAGCAAAACCUGCCAAAAUGAAUUCACCAUUUACGCCACUUGUUGACUGGCCUAAUCCUCUUUUUAAAGAACUAGCGCCAAACGCCUUAACCACCUAGUUAAUUGAAAUCGAAACUGUUUCUCUCGCCCGCCCGAGGCUGCGUUGCCAUUGCAAUAUUUGUCAAUGACGAUGCAUCUGGAGCUGUCGUCCGCGAGCUUCACUCAAUUGGAGUAAGAAUAAUUUUAUGCAUGUGUGCAGGCUUUAACAUGGUUUCUCUUGAAACAGCAGAAGAAUUAGGGGUUACUGUUGCAAGGGUUCCUACUUAUUCUCCUCAUGCAGUGGCUGAAUUUGCAGUCGGGAUGCUAAUGUCACUUAACAGAAAAAUCCACCGUGCUUUUAACAGAACCAGAGAGUGCAAUUUUGAAAUUGAAGGACUGUUGGGAUUUGACCUAUACCAAAAAACAGUCGGAGUUCUGGGCACAGGGAACAUUGGAAGUGUUUUUUGCAAGAUUAUGAAUGGGUUUGGGUGCAAAAUCAUUGCAUAUGAUAUAUACCACAACCCAGAGUUGGCAGGACUCGUGGAAUACAAAUCAUUAGAUGAAGUUCUUGCUGAAAGUGACGUUUUAAGUGUAUUUUUGCCACUCUAUCCCAGCACUUAUCAUACAAUCAAUGAGGAAAAUAUUUUCAAAAUUAAAAAAGGAGCUUUCUUAGUCAAUGUGAGCAGAGGAGGGCUUAUUGAUACCAAGGCACUGCUGAAAGCCUUAAAGCAAGAUCAUUUCGCAGGAGUCGCCCUGGAUGUUUAUGAGCAUGAGUCUUCAAUUUUUUAUCAUGAUCUUUCAUCGACUGGAGUUGUUGAUGACACAGUAAUGAGACUUUUAAGCUGGCCUAAAGUAAUCAUUUCGUCCCAUAUGGCAUUUUUCACAGUCGAAGCUGUGAGAAAUAUAAUGCAAACCACUUUGACUUCACUUAUGCAGUUUUUGAGGAAUGAAAAAGUAGAAAAUGAGGUCAGAAUUGAAGUAAUGCAGGCUAAAUAA